AUGAGCGCCGACAACGUCUUCGACCCCAUCGCGUUCGCGGUCCCGCACGCCAGCGCGGCUGUCAGCGCCAGCUUCCCCUCGACGCCGUUCUGGGUCCCGUCGCACGACUACCAUACCGCCGGCGAACCGUUCCGCAUCGUGCCCCCCGCGCAGCUGGCCAUCCCGGCCCCAACGCCCGGCCUGACGGUCCGCAAGCGGCGGGACAUUGUCGCGGACCCUAGCCACCCGGUCAACACGCUGCGCAUUGCGCUGUGCCAAGAACCGCGCGGCCACGCGGACAUGUACGGCGGCUUCAUUACCGCGCCCGACGACGGCGGCGCGCACUUUGGCGUGCUGUUCUGGCACAAGGACGGGUUCAGCACCGCGUGCGGGCACGGGACGAUCGCGCUCGGCUUCUGGGCCGUCGAGCGCGGCGUCGUUGCUGCCCCGCAGAAUGGCGAGGUCGACGUGCGUAUCGACGUGCCCUCUGGCCGCGUGACCGCGCGGGUGACCGUCAAGGACGGGCGGCCGGUCAGCGCCGACUUUGUCAACGUCCCGAGCUACCUCAUCGCCAAGGACGUGGACGUCGUGCUCGGCGCGAAGACGCUGCGCGUCGACAUUGCGUGGGGCGGCGCCGCGUACGCGUACGUCCAUGCGCCGGACACCGGGCUCGCCGUCGAGCCGCGCAACCACGACGCGUUUGUGCGCCUAGGGCGCGAGGUCAAGGCUGCCCUCGGCGCCCGGGGCCGGUGGGACGGGUACGAGCUGUACGGCGUGAGCUUUGUCGACGACGUCGGGAGCGCGGACGGCGCGGUGCGCGAGCGCAACGUCGUCAUCUACGGCGACGGCAACGUCGACCGUAGCCCGACCGGCUCGAGCACGGCCGCGCGCGUCGCGCUGCUCGUCGGUCGGGGACGCUUGGCGGUCGGAAAGGGCCGGCUCGAGAACGCCAGCAUCAUCGACACAAAGUUCACCGGCGUGGCUGAGGCCGAAGCUGCGAGCCAGACCGCGUUCCCCGCUGUCGUGCCGCGUGUUACGGGCCACGCGGGGCUCGUGGGCGAGUGUAGGUGGUAUAUUGAUGUGAAGGACGAGACGUUCCCCGGCUUCACGUUUAGGUAG